AUGUCUGCUAAAGCCUCACGGCGAUGCAAUCGACUGAUUGUCCUUUUUAGUUCUAUCAACGGCGUGACGGCAUGGCCAUUUUGGAAGUUUCUGCAGAUGAAGAAAGUAAAGGGUGUAACGGAUCUUUCCAUCCUUGCCUUUAACAGCCAGGGUGGCAGCUUUGAGGCCCGCAUUGACGGACAGGAGUACAUGUUGAAGAACUACGAAAACGUUGUAGGCUACUCGCAGGACAUGUUGGAGCGUUUUCUGCACCGUUGGUACGACCCUGGGCGCAGUUAUUUUGUCUACGGCGGUCACGGAAUGGGUGACUACCUGGAGCUGGAGGAAAACAAGGUGGGGUUACAAUGCCACGAACUGGCAGCGAUAUUUGGAGACAAAAAGUUUGAGGCGAUCACCUUUGACGCAUGCUUAAUGGCAAGCCUGGACUGCGCUUAUCAUCUGCGGAAUAACACGCGUUACAUUGGCGCCUGUGAGGGAUACUUGUGGGAGCCCGACACAAGCCUCGACCAUCAUGUCUUCAACACGUACACCGCCUCCGCGAUGAGCCGCUUUCGCGAUCCGAAGCACAUUCUUUUAGCCGUGCAGCGUGACUACUGCAGCAAAUCUUCACUUGCUGACUUUGCCGUGCUGGACACCACGCAUGUAGAGGCUUUGCGGAACUAUGUGGAAGAGCACGUGAUGCAACGUGUCUACGACCGUGCCACUUUUUAUAAUGUCCAGCAGCAGCAGAAAUUAAGCUGCAUGGCGGAGGAGGCAUUGCAACUUAGCCGGAAAAAUUCGAAUGCUGACAUCAAGAUGCCAGCUUCAUCAUCAUCACCAUCGUCAUCUCCUGACACGGUAGCCAUGCGAGCGAUGGCGACUAAGUUGCAGAACAAACGGUUGGCAAGACGUUCCAAGCUGCAGCAUGCGGUUCAGUUUGAGCACGCCUUGUAUCCAUCUGAGCCGGGCGACAAGUACAUCCUUGACCUUCGUUCCUACCUGAUCGAUAUGGCGCGUGAGGAGGAGGAAUUAGCUAUCGCCUCUCCGUCACCGCGAACUGCCGUUGUGGAGGCACAUGGGAGUUUGCCAAAUGAAAAAAAGCAUCUCCACCCGCGGUUUGCCAAAGGCAGCGCACACGAGGGACUGGACUUGUUUCAUCGCGUCGUCGUCAAUCACAUACCCCCUGAGGAAAAGCAUAUAUACGCGUCACACCUGGGGGGCCUGUCUAUUCCAGUAUAUGAGUUUAGUUCCAUGUCAAAGCCGCUGAUGCCGUGGAAUCGUGUAAACCGACAAAUAUUCAAACAAAGGGCAAACGAAUUUUUGCGUCGUGGUGUCAUGCAGGAAGUGAAGAUGAACCAGCGCACCCAAAGCGGUUUGCACGAAACGGAAGGUCGCAGCUCGUCAUCAUCGCCAUCGACGGGUUCACCAGGUCCAACCAUAUAUCUCCCAAUUUCAGGGUACUCCGGCAACACCAACGGCAAUCGAAACAAACCCGGUAGCGGAAACUUGUCGGGGCCUCAGCACUGUGAGGCGAGACGAUGA